AUGGAAAUUUGCUGUACUGAUCGUAACCUUUCGGUUACGUUAACAGAAAUUAACUGUAAUGACCUUGCUAAUAGCAUCGAAUCAUGGCUCCGAAAUCUUAAUCUUGCUGUACCCUUUCAACAUUUCAAGUUCUUAAAAGAUAAACCGGAGAAUGCUUGCAGAUUCUUCCAGCGAUAUGGAAAUAAAAAGCUUGAUGAAGGAAAAAACACGAGGGUAUUGGCAUCCAUUGAUUGGAACAAAAGGCCAAUCUCUUAUGAAAUCCCUUUAAACAUACCAGUAUCAAAUCCACCACCAAUAUCGAGCCCACCAUCAGUAUCUAACCCACAACCAGUAUUGAACCCGUCAGAAAUCAUAGUCACGCCUACCAUGUUAAACGACAAUAAAGUUAAAAUUAUCUUGCUGGAAGCAUAUAUUGAUGAUUUAGAAAGUAAAAUUCACGAGCAUGAGGCAGCCAUACACUGUUUACGAGCAGAAAUUCGUUCGAAAGAAGGUCAAAUCAAAAGACGUAAAACAAACUACUGA